GCAAGACGAAACUGGCUGCUUAGUCCGACGAUGGCCAGCAUGCGGCUUGUACUGGCUAUCAACCAAAGGAACGCCCCGGUCAGCUCGGUGCUGUGUAGCAAACAGCAUGCUGCUGGGGUUUGCCAACUUUCCACUCCACAACCUCCAUAGACUGUUCAACGUCCAUAAUCUGGACCAGGUCAUCGACCCUACUACGCUGGUUGAGACACGGUCAAACAAUCACACAACCGUUCAAGACAAGUCCAAUUAUCAAGCAUGGCCCAGAAACGCAGCAAGGUGAGAAAGGUGGCAGCCGUCUCUAGCAACGCCGCCGCCACCACCAUCGAUGGCGAGUCUGGAUCGUCCGCUCCACCUGACCGCGCCACAUGGUCUGGCUGGGUUGAGAUGGAGUCCGAGCCAGCAUUCUUCAACGUCAUGCUCAAAGAGAUGGGCGUCAGAGGCGUUAAAGUCCAGGAAGUCUACGAUCUCGGCGAGGAGUUUCUUGCAAUGCUACCACAACCGGUGCAUGCGCUCAUCUUCCUGUUUCGCUUUCGCGAGACCGAGAACCCGCAAGUCCCGGCUGACGGCUGUCCAAAGCACGUUUGGUUCGCCAACCAAACACCUGAUUUUGCAUGCGCCACUUUCGCAUUGCUCAACAUAGUGAACAACAUCCCCGACCUUGAGCUUGGCGAUGAGCUACGCCAGUUCAAGGUGUCUACGCAGGACAUGGACCCGUUGAGUAGAGGUGACGCGGUAGAUGGCUUUGACUUUGUUCGGCGCAUUCACAACUCUUUCGCUCGUGACAACGACAUACUCGAGACCGAUAUCCAUUUGCGCGACAAAGCGAGCAAACUCAAGAAGCGCCAGGCACUUGCGAAGGCCCGCGAGACUCGUGAGCUAAAGAAAGUCGGGAAGACCGAGCCGGCAACGCCACAAAAGCGUAAGUCGGAGAGUGAAGAGCCGCCUACCAGGUCCACACGUAGGCGCAAAAUCCAGUCGCCUGGGGACGUCGACCGCUCCCUGAUACCAGCCAAGGAAGGUGCUAACGCUACUGGACGAACAGCAAAACGUGGCAUUACCAAGAGUGGCACGACUGCCAAGAAAACUUUGCCCACUAAGAAAGCGAAGAAGUCGCCGAAGGAAGAAUCUCGCAAUGGUGGCUCAAACGCUGAAUUUGAGACACCUUCCACGGCGAGAGUGACCGACGAAGCGCAGACGAAUGGCUUGCGCCGCUCCGAGCGUGCACCCAAGUCGAGGAAGGAUAUCGCGACCGCUGCUGCUGCCGCUGAAGCGGCGGCAGACGAAGGCUUUCAUUUCUGCGCCUACAUGCCGAUCAACGGCCACGUGUGGAAGCUGGACGGCCUUGACCGCUACCCGCAAGACAUGGGCUCGUUCAGUGAAGACGAUGGCGGCAACUGGAUGCAUGUCGCUCAACCCACUCUUAUGGGUCGGAUGGCACAGUACGAGGCUUCUGAGAUACAGUUCAACAUUAUGGCUAUCGUCCAUGACACUCUGAGCACAGAUCGUGUGGCAUUGCUUCAGAAUGUCAAGACGCUGCGUACCGUUGAUGCCAAGCUGAGCGGACUCUGCGAGGACCGGCACACGAUGGAGGGUGCCGAGACCAAGAAGGAUGUCGUUACGGAGUCAGCUUCAGAGCUCAAUGUCGCUGCAGCGGACAUUGAGUCAGCACAAGUGCCGGCGGAGAUGGCAGCCAGGAUCAAAAAGAAGGACGAUCUGCUUGAGCUGAUCGAACUGCGACAGGGCGUAAUUGCGCAGCAGGUUGCUUUGAGAGCGAUGCUACGGGACGCUCUUGAAGCCAACAAAGAAGAUGACAGGAAAGCCAGGCACAGAAGGCACGACUAUGCAAAGUUCAUUGACUCGUGGCUUGGUGCUCUGGCCGAGCAGGAGCUCCUUACUGAUCUCAUCGAUGCAUAAGCGGGAGAGGUUCCGGGGUUUAAGCCUGCGCUGAAGGCUACGUCUCUGAGCACAGCGUAUGGGACUGUAAGCAUAUCUAUUGCCUGAGAAUUUAGCGUGGCGUUGGAAGAGGAGGAUAUCGGUGGCGUCACGGCAUCAUUAUGUCGUAUAGAGCUCAUUGUUCAACACUAGGCAGAGCAUCGACUAGAAAGCUAGCCUUGCGCAAGCUGACAUUUAUUACUGGUGGCCUUGUUCGCCGUGACAGAGUCGGCUGACGCACAAUACGCUCUCAAAGCUCCAUAGUGACCCGCAACACGUUUGCCAUCGCCUCCAUUACAUGGAAUACACAUACCUGGCACAAUGCACUUACGCUG